GGUACUUCCGCUACAGGGGGUUGCGACCGCGGCCUUCGUUUCUCUCCGGCAGACUUGGUCCCCUGCAGAAAGAGGAUAGCAUGACCAAGUUCAAGGAGCCAGUGACUUUCAAGGACGUGGCUGUGGUCUUCACGGAGGAGGAGCUGGGGCUGCUGGACUCCACCCAGAGGCGGCUGUACCGGGAUGUGAUGCUGGAGACCUUCAGGAACCUGCUGUCACUGGGAGACAAGAAUCUAAAUGACAUAGAGACUCUUCAAGAAGCAGGAUCAAAGUACCUGCCACAUGGAGAGCUUUUAUGCUUACAAAUCUGGCAACAGGUUACAAAGGAAUUAACCAGAUGUCAAGAUUCCAUAGUAAAUGUUCAAGGAACUAGCUCUCAGUCAGAAAAACAUGGUGACACACUCUAUAAAGAUGAAGAAUUUGGCUUUAAUCAGAGUUUAUAUCUUCAAGUUCACCACAGUAUUCAUUCUAGAGAAAAAUCCUACAAAGGGGAGGAUUGUGAGAAAGAUAUAAUUCAGGAUUCUCAUCUUCAGAUUAUCCAGAUGGCCCAUGCAGAAGAGAAGCCCUAUAAAUGUGAAAAAUGUGAAAAUACCUUUCGUCGGUUUUCAAGUCUUCAGGCCCAUCAGAGAGUCCACAGUACCGAGAAAUCAUACAAAUAUGAUGUAUCCUGUAAGGUUCAUACACGUCAGAGAUCACAUGUCCAUCAUCAUCAGAGAAGCCCCACUGGAGAGAAUCCAUACAGAUAUGAGGACUGUGGGAAGAAUGUUGGGAAAAGCUCCCAUUGUCAAACUCCUCUGAUAAUCCACCCAUUAGACAAACCCUAUAAAUGUGAGGAGUGUGGGCUAGGCUUCAGUCAGAGGUCAUAUCUUCAAGUUCAUCAGAGAAUCCACAUGGGAAAAAAACCUUAUAAAUGUGAAGAGUGUGGGAAGGGCUUCAGUUGGCGUUCACGACUGCAGGCUCAUCAGCGAAUUCACACUGGAGAGAAACCAUACAAAUGCAAUGCAUGUGGCAAGGGUUUCAGUUACAGCUCGCACCUUAACAUUCACUGUAGAAUACACACAGGAGAGAAACCCUAUAAAUGUGAGGAGUGUGGGAAAGGCUUCAGUGUAGGUUCACAUCUUCAAGCCCAUCAAAUAAGCCACACUGGAGAGAAACCAUACAAAUGUGAAGAGUGUGGUAAGGGCUUCUGUCGGGCCUCAAAUCUUCUGGACCAUCAGAGGGGCCAUACUGGUGAGAAACCCUAUCAGUGUGAUGCGUGUGGGAAGGGCUUCAGUCGGAGCUCAGAUUUUAACAUCCAUUUUAGAGUCCAUACAGGAGAGAAACCCUAUAAGUGUCAAGAGUGUGGGAAGGGCUUUAGCCAAGCUUCAAAUCUUCUAGCCCAUCAAAGAGGUCACACUGGAGAAAAACCAUACAAAUGCGAUACCUGUGGGAAGGGCUUUAGUCGGAGUUCAGAUCUUAAUGUUCAUUGUAGAAUCCACACAGGAGAGAAACCCUAUAAAUGUGAAAAGUGUGGUAAGGCCUUCAGUCAGUUCUCUAGUCUUCAGGUACAUCAAAGAGUCCACACUGGAGAGAAACCAUAUCAGUGUGCUGAAUGUGGGAAAGGCUUCAGUGUGGGUUCACAGCUGCAAGCCCAUCAGAGGUGCCACACUGGAGAGAAACCAUACCAGUGUGAGGAGUGUGGGAAGGGCUUCUGCCGGGCCUCAAAUUUUCUGGCUCAUCGUGGAGUCCACACAGGAGAGAAACCAUACCGAUGUGACAUAUGUGGUAAACGCUUCCGGCAGAGGUCAUACCUUCAAGCCCACCAGAGAGUCCACACUGGGGAAAAACCUUAUAAAUGUGAGGAGUGUGGGAAGGUCUUCAGUUGGAGCUCAUACCUUCAAGCCCAUCAAAGAGUUCAUACUGGAGAAAAACCAUACAAAUGUGAGGAGUGUGGGAAGGGUUUCAGUUGGAGCUCAAGUCUUAUCAUUCAUCAGCGAGUCCAUGCUGAUGAUGAGGGGGACAAGGACUUUCCUUCACCGGAGAGCUACAGGAAAGAAGCUCAAUAAAAUUAAAUGUUUUAAUAGUUCAAAUGGGUGCUGAAACAGUCCAGUUACCAGACUGGUCAUAGUUAUCAAAACAUUUGUUUUAUGAAAGCGUAUUUCAACCAGAACUGAAUAUGUGACAAUGGUUUGGUGACUACACUGCAGAGAAGCUUCAUAAGAGUGGAGACAGACUUAACUCAGAACCUUGACAUUUGGCAGGUAGGACAAAGAUAGGCUAGGAAGAUGAGUUUGCUCUGGAGUUAACCACAAGUACUAAGAUGGAAAAACGCCAAUAUCUCUCACUUAGAUUACAAGCUCCAGCGGGUUAGGAACUUUACCAGAUCUGCUGUCUUUUCAGCCUUUUCAGUGUCUAACCACCAUAGGUAUUCAGUAGUUACUAAGUGAGUGAAAGAGAACAGCCAGUUGAAAUUUGUAUUCAGUCCAUCUGUAACAAUUUCUUAAAAUUGUAUUUUAGAAUUCUACAAGACUUGGAAGGCAUUUAAAUUAGACAAAAUUUCAUUUCCACAGCCCUGCAGGUAAUGUGAACUAGCAUUUUCAAACUGAAGAUGUAAUAACCCAUUAGUGAGUCUAGAGAGCAGUUCACUACAUUGUGAACAACACUUUGAUGCCAACAGUACUUUAUGAGGUAUACCUUGCAUGCAGUAACAUGCAUAAACCAGAAUUUCUUGCUUCAUGAGUUUUGACAAAUGCCUAUACUUUGUAUGAUCACCUGUUAAUGUACACAAUAUUUCUAUUAAAUCAUAAAGUUUC